CACACGGCAGAGGGCUGGAUCUCAGCUGCGUAAACAGCAGCCUGCCCACAGGUAUGACAUGAGGGCAUUCUCUCAGACGCGCAGCAGCGUUUCGGCGUCGGAGCGUCCACAAUCUUCCGCCGAGUGAGCAGAAAAAACAUCUUUUUCUCUUAUUUUCUUCGAUUUUCUGGCGGAUUGGAUCGUAGCCUAUAGAGACGGAUCAAAAAACGCUGACAUGAUUCCAGACGAGCGGGCUGAGAGCGUAAAACCUUGAUUGUGUCAUUUUUUUUUUUAACCAUCUCGACGCUCAGAGCGUCCUGUUUUACGCACGGGAGAAAGCGCUCGCCUCGGAAACUGCGCGCACGGAGGAAAACGGAGCCUUGGCUGAGGCUCGACACACCUAUAGGAGGCAAUAAUAUCACUGUCCUGGAUGUCAAGAAGAUGAGAGCCCCUACAGGUCGACAGAAUAACUCUCGGGGGGUUAUUAGGCCGCGUCACCUUGCUUGUAUCUAACGAAACUACACAAACUGAGCCGACUUGCAUUAGUUAGACUCGUCUUUUGAGGCAAAAAAAAAAAAAAAAAAGAAAGGGAGUGACCAUGUCCAGAACACUGAAAAAGAAGAAACACUGGUCCAGCAAAGUGGUGGAGUGCGUGGUGUCGUGGGGGAACCUGGGGGACUUCGGCUCGGUGGUGGAGGUGCUGGGGGGCGCGGAGCUGGGCCAGUUCCCGCACCUGGGCCAGAUGAAGCUGGACGUGCUGCUGUGCCACGUCGGGAAGCUGCCCUACUACGGAGACGUGCUGCUGGAGGUGAACGGGACGCCCGUCAGUGGACUUACCAACCGGGACACCCUGGCCGUCGUCCGACACUUUCGGGAGCCGAUUCGCCUGAAGACCGUCAAGCCAGGUGUCCCCUGUGACAACACAGCCCCCGAGCCGACACCGCUGGCAUCCGUGUCAAGGAUGAAAGGUAAAGUGUUAAACACAGACCUGCGCCACUACCUCAGUCUGCAGUUUCAGAAGGGCUCGCUGGACCACAAACUCCAGCAGGUUAUACGGGACAACCUCUACCUACGCACCAUCCCCUGCACUACACGGCUUCCUCGAGAGGCGGAGGUGCCCGGUGUGGACUACAACUUCAUCAGCGUUGGAGACUUUCGGAUCUUGGAGGAGAGCGGACUUUUGCUCGAGAGCGGCACCUAUGAUGGUAACUACUAUGGAACCCCCAAGCCUCCGGCAGAGCCCAACCUGGUGCAGCCCGACCUGGUGGAUCAGGUGCUGUUUGAUGAAGACUUCAGUGGUGAGAUGCCCAGGAAACGCACCACUUCAGUGAGCAAGAUGGACAGGAAGGAUAGCGCCGUACCCGAGGAGGAGGAUGACGACGAGAGGCCCCCGCUGGUCAAUGGACUGCCCGAGCAUAAAGACUGGCGGAAAGCCGUGCCCAGCUACACCCAAUCCAGCAGCACCAUGGACUUCCGCACGUGGAGCUCUCUUCCCCGGGACGACAGCCUGGAGCCUCUGCCUCUCAACUGGGAGAUGGCGUACACCGAGACCGGCAUGGUCUACUUCAUAGAUCACAAUACGAAGACGACCACAUGGUUGGACCCCCGCCUAGCGAAGAAGGCAAAGCCUCCUGAAAAGUGCGAGGACGGCGAGCUACCCUACGGCUGGGAGAAAAUUGAUGACCCACAAUACGGCACCUACUACGUUGACCACAUCAACCAGAAGACCCAGUUUGAGAACCCCGUCCUCGAAGCAAAAAAGAAGCUGAACCAGGAGGCGGCGGCCAUCCAGCGAGCCGCAGCUUCACCUUCUCAAGGUGAGGAAGGUGCGUUUGGCUUCACUGCAGACCCCGGCCAGCUGGAGGGGGAGAUGUACCACACAGCACUAAAGAAAAGUUCCCAGGGUUUUGGAUUUACUAUCAUAGGAGGUGAUCGGACAGAUGAGUUUCUGCAGGUGAAAAAUGUGCUCAGCGAUGGCCCGGCUGCCCAGGACAAGAAGAUGGCAUCUGGUGAUGUCAUCGUUGAAAUAAAUGGGAUGUGCGUGCUGGGGAGGACCCAUCCAGAGGUGGUGCAGAUGUUCCAGUCCAUUCCCAUCAACCAGUAUGUGGACAUGGUUCUCUGCCGCGGCUACCCCCUUCCUCCCGACGUGGAUCUGGACGUGGAUGACCCCCUGCCUCCUCCGCCUCCUCCUCCAGCGGCUCAAGCCCAGCAGGGUCUGCAUGGUGGCGAGGUGGUAACAGCUGUGCCUCUCAUCAACGGGCAGCCGCUGCUGGUGAAAGGCGAUGUCCUUCACGGCUCCUCGCAGGAGCUCCACUAUGUGACCACCGAUGCCAACGGCCGGCCCGUGGUGGCUGCCAUGCCUAACGGGAGGCAGCCGGAGCGCGGGGAGGCGCCCGCGGGAACGCUCCAGCCCGAGCUGGUGAGCGUGCCGCUGAUCAAAGGGCCCGGAGGGUUCGGCUUUGCCAUCGCCGACUGUCCUCUGGGCCAGAAAGUGAAGAUGAUUCUGGAUGAGCAGUGGUGCCGCGACCUACAGAAAGGAGAUAUAAUCAAGGAGAUCAACAGACAAAAUGUACAAACGCUCAGCCAUGCACAAGUGGUGGACAUCCUUAAAGACUUCCCCGUGGGCAGCGAGGUCAAUGUUCUGGUUCUGCGAGGAGGUCAGACGUCCCCUGUUAAGACUCUAAAGCCUAAACAGGAAAUGACUGCCAGCUCAGAGACGUUGGAUGGUAUGACUGACGCAGCUCCCCAGGCCUUGCCUUACCACUCCAACACGAGCACCAUGCGCUCCUCCGACUCCCCGAAGCGAGAGGCUACAGAGAUGUACCUGAAGUCCAAAGCCCUGCUGGAGAGCAGACAGCCUCACACCAAAGACAUAGACGUUUUUCUGCAGAGAGACAUUGAAACAGGCUUCGGCUUCCGUGUCCUUGGGGGAGAAGGUCCACAACAACCAAACGUGUUUCCGCAGGUUUACAUCGGGGCCAUCGUUCCCAACGGAGCUGCAGAGAAGGACGGUCGUCUCCGGGCGGGAGACGAGCUCAUCGGCAUUGACGGCGUGAUGGUCAAGGGUCGCUCACACAAGCAGGUGUUGGACCUAAUGACCAAUGCUGCCCGUAACGGUCAAGUUAUGCUGACCGUUCGCCGGAAGAUGGUUUACAGAGAUCUGACGGACGAAGAGGCUCAGGAAAUGGCUCCGGUGCUGGUGAACGGUUCCCCCAAACUACCUCGUCUCCCGAUACCCAGUGCACUUGACCACGAGUCCUUUGACAUCACACUUCACCGCAAGGACACUGAGGGAUUUGGAUUCGUCAUCCUCACGUCCAAGAACAAACCGCCACACGGGGUUAUCCCUCACAAAAUUGGCCGUAUCAUUGAAGGAAGUCCGACCGACCGCUGCGGCCUGCUACACGUCGGAGAUCGCAUCUCAGCAGUCAACGGGCGCUCCAUCAUCGAGCUCUCUCACAAUGACAUUGUUCAGCUCAUUAAAGAUGCUGGCAACGUUGUCACCCUCACUGUGGUUCCUGAAGAUGAAUACAAGGGCCCUCCGUCUGGAGCCAGUUCAGCUAAACAGAGUCCAGCCCUUCAACACAGAGCCGUGGGUCAAAGGUCACUACUUCAGGACGAACGCUAUAAUCUGGAGCUGGAGGACAAAAGAGACGGACUCAACCGCUCCGACCACAAAGCCCUCGGUGAGAUGGGAGCACUGUGUGUGACCGGACCUAACCAGGGCUGUCUGACAGUGGAGUUGGAGAGAAGUCCCAGGGGGUUUGGUUUUAGUUUGCGAGGAGGCACAGAGUACAACAUGGGUCUGUACAUCCUCAGACUGGCUGAAGAUGGACCUGCUCAGCUGGACGGAAGAAUCCAUGUUGGAGAUGAGAUAGUGGAGAUUAACGGGGAGCCGGCUCGCGGCAUCUCCCAUACACGGGCGAUUGAACUAAUCCAAGCUGGAGGAAACAAAGUGGUUCUGCUUCUGAGACCUGGAGCAGGUCUGGCUCAAGAUGGCAAUCAGCAUGAUCAAAAAAUAAUUUCACCCACAAACUGUUCCGGGGAGGUGUUUUCCUCUGACUCAUCCACCCAGUCCUCUCCAUAUCUCACCGGGGCUUCCGUUUUUUUUCCCUCACCCCCCUUCAGCAAGCUGAAACAUUCUCAAAGCUGGAGCCCCAGAUCCGCACAAGGCCGCAAGCCCCGCCGGAGCAGGGGCUUGACCUCGGUGGAGGAGGGUACUGAGUGGGCAGACAAUGGGGCAGACCAGCUUUCUCCCGUCUCUUAUGACCAUGGGAAGUUUUACAGGAGGACCAGGCCCAUAAAAGACUCGAGAGAACUAAGCAGCCCAAAGAAAACAGGGGAGACAUUUCCCAAUGCCAAAGAGCAACAUCACAGUCCCAAAAAGACUCCAAGUCGGCCGCAGGAAGCGGCGCUGAGCAGAAGCGGCGCACCUCACACUCAGACAAAAAUGCAAACUCCAAACCCGCAGAGGACGCAAGUCCGACAGCCAGUGGUUUCAACCCUGCAGCACACGAAGCAUCAUCAAGACCUUCAGGGGAGGUUAAAGGAUUCUUCCUGCAGUGAGAAGAAAAAUGGCAAAGGGGGGAAUCCUGAGAUCAGAACGUUAACACAAGAAAAAGGGGGAGGGACUGAGCCAGGAUAUGAAAAAACUUUUAAAAGGAGGGUGAUGGCAGGACCCCCCCGCCGCAGAACUAUGUCUAAUGCAGUAAAAGAGAGCGGGAAAAGUACAGGUAAAGACUCAGGGCAUGGAGAUGUUGAUGACAAGGGCCAGUCUACAAAAACCAGGAGCAGAAGUAAAAGCAUUAGUAACAAACCGUCGUUUUUUAGAGAUUUUUGGGGUAGAAGUGAUUCCCUGGUUUCACCGACGGAGACAAAAGAAGGCAAAUCAUCAAACUCCAAAGAUAGUAAAUCAAAAGACUUUGUGGCCUCUGCGAAUCGUUUGCCAGUGGGGCCCCAAAACCCAAAGGGAUCUAUUAUCCCUGGCCCUUGGAAAGUACCAAACUUUGCCAAAAUCCUCUCUGAAGCAGAAGUCCUCAGUGACCCUUCGUGAUAAAAACAUCUGACCGCUAGGAGAAGAACUGUGCCAUGUAACGUCUAAUAGUAUCCUCAGUGGAUUGUUUGUCAGAGCUCUUCCACAACACAAAGACGUGCAGCAUUUUGUCAGUUUCAUUAUCUUUGGACCACAUCCAGAUUUGUAUUUUGGGAGUCCUGUGAUAUCAUUUGGCAUGUAGCACUCCCGUCUGCCUUGUCUGCUGCUUCAGCAUCUUUGAUGUGGGACUCGAGCACACGCGGCACGCUUGGGGCCUUGUCAGACAACAGAUUUUGAAAUGUGAAAAUGUGCCAAUCUUUGGAGUCUCCUCUAGAGCAACAGCGCUUCACCCACGACAAUGCAACAACCCAUAUGCAAAGAAAAGAGAAGGGCCCCGCCUCUGGUCUGUAGUACACGCCUAGCGUGACUCUCACUGGGUUUAAUUUUGCUCUCAGCCCCAUUGUGGAGUAUUUGGACUAUUUUUUCUUCAAUUUUUACUCAACUGCAUGCAGUCGGUCCUUCUGUUUGUUUUACUGCACGUGUUCUACACAUCACUGAGAAUGAACCUUUGUUCUUCUUUGUAUUUCUCAGUCUUAACACCAGGCAGAUUUCAAAAUCCAACUGAGCAAGCACUUACAAGUUACUUUAGACUGUUCUGUGGGCAUCAUAUGAAACACUCCUUCAUACAAAUAUUACCAUUAAAGACCAGAAACUUGUGGUUUGAGAUCUUGUUUACCAUGUGUAUAAUAACAAACUGUGUGUAAUUUCUUGAAGUUAUAGAUGAAAAUACUGUAUGUAUAUGUAGCUGUACCAAACCAUUCUACAUUUUGAUAGACUUCCAAAACUUAUUUGAGCUUUCACCUUAUUUCCAAUGCUCUUCAGUGAUAGAAAUAAACAUGGGUCUUUGUAGUUCAUGAAAUGUAUAGAUGUGACAUUCAGACAUGCAGACUAUAUAUAUAUAAUUUAUAUAUAUAUAUAUAUAUAUAUAUAUAUAUAUAUAUAUAUAUAUAUAUAUAUAAUUUGGGACACUGUUUAAAAUGUAAAUAAGAACAGAAUGCAAUAUUUGCAAAUCUCAGGAACCCAUAUUUCGUUCACAAAAGGGCACACACAGCAUAUCAAAUGCUGAAAGUGAGGAAAAGUAAUAACUUCUAAUUAAUUUGAUGGCAAAAAUACAUCUCAGAAAAGUUGGGACAAGCAAAUGUCCACUGUGUAGCACCCCAUCUCCAUUUACCAACAGUUGAUGCACACGUGCAUACCAAGGAGCACAGUUGCUGGAGUUUAAGGACAGGAAUGCUGUCCCAUUUGUUCUGACGUAGGAUUCGAGCCUCUCAACAUCCGUGGGUCUUUGUCUUUGCUUUUUGUUUCACAAUGCACCAAGUUUCAUUUGCUGAAAGGUCUGGACCCCAGACAGCUCAUCUCAACCCCCAGACUCUUCUACUGUGAAGCCAUGCUUUUGUAACGGAUACAGUAUGAUGCUUAGUAUCGUCUGAAAGAUGUAAUAACUUCUCUGAAAAAGAUUUCAUGGGAGCAAAUGUUGAUUUGGAACACACAUUGGCAAAGUACAACACCUGAACCAUUUUAAUUACUGUAAAAAAAAUACUCUAGCUUUUAUAUACAGAAAAGGGAAAAUGCACUAUGGUAAAAAAAGAAAAUCGUCAGGUUAUUGAAAAAAGAGUCAAUUCUAUAUUUUCAAUUCAUAGCAGCCUAAUAACUUUAACUAAUGCAGCAGUUUUGAUGUAAGAACCCUACUGGAAAUGAAUGUCUCAAAAAAUAAAAAAUACAUUUUUCACAAGUAUCAGUUCACUGAAACAAAUUUAAGUCGGGUAAACUGUGUUCAAAGAAAACACCAAGAUAUUUUUCAUGCAAGCAUACUGAUACAGCACAAACCUGUGGAAAAGGUUUUCCAGAUUAAUAUUAGUAAGACAUAGAGGAGUAAACUCAAAGCUAUCAUACGAGUUUGUGAAAUUGACCAUUUUAAUUAACUGAGCUCAAUUUUUUUUAUUGAAUUAUAUGAUAUGUGGCCCUUUGUUUACUUUACCUGCAGGACUAUGGUCCUAUAUAAAUACAUUUCAACAUUGAUAUUUCCUUUUCAGAUGUACUGACACUCCCUAAAAUCAUCAGAAAUGCAGGCUUUUGAACAAAGCACUGAUAACAAGCUUUCCUCUUUAGCCUGGAGCCAAAACCAUUCAGGGUUUCCUAUAAAAGUUUCACAUCUGGAUUCAAUUUACAACAGGACAGUUUUCGACCUUGCUUCAGUCCAUUUUAAAUUAGUUUUAGCCUGAGGGAAACGGUGCCAUCUCUAGGUCAUGUUCACAAAUGCCUACUUAUUUGCAUGUUGGAUCUAUAAACUGUGUUUGUGAACAGCAUGGCCAACUGAGUUCUUAGAUGUUGAUUUUCAGAAGAGCUCCUGAGGUCCUUCAGUGAUAUCUGUUUCAGACUGAUGCCUGUUUAAUGCAGUUCCUCCAAGAGCCUUAUAAUUACAGACAUCCAAUACUGAUUUACAGCCUUGUCUGGCAUGUACAGAAAUGUCUCUACAGUCUCGGAAUCCUUUGAUGUACUGAAGAUGACAAAAUAUACCCGCAGUUUUUUAGAGAUUGGUAUUCCUCUGCUCAUCUUUACCUCAGAGAUGCCCUUUUUUUGGUAUAUGCCCAGUUAGGUCACUGACCCGUUACCAAUUAAGCAAAUUAAUUUUAAGAUAUUGCUCCAGAUGUCUCCGUUUAAUCCCUCUAAACUCUCCCAGCCGUUUAUUGCCCAUGCACUAUUUCUUAUAGACGUGCUGCUGCUGCUGUCAAAUUCAAAAAUUGUCAAAUAUCUUUCAUGAAAUAUCUCACUUUCAACAUUUGUUAUGAUUUCCUUUUGCUACUGUGAAUUAAAAUUUGGGUCAAUGAAAUUUGCAAAGCAUUCCACUCCAUUUGUAUCUACAUUUUACACAGCUUUCCAUUUUCCUUGAAAUUGGGGUUGUCUAUAUACGUAUGUAUGCUAUGUUUUUUUUUUUUUGCAGACUAUUUAUUGAAUUCAAUUGCACUGCAUCUACCCCUGUAGCAAAACAGAAUGAGCGAUAUUUGCUUUGUGUUUGUUCACUUGUUGCCAGUUCAUUAUUAUUUUUACAAUGCAUUGGUGUUAUUGUUACUUUAUUCGAAGAUAGUUCAUGUUUUCUAAAAGGAUCACUGUUUAAGGGCGAAAUGGCAAUUCAUGUAAUGCUUUUCAAUUGUAAGUCUUGUCCCUGGUUGUUUUCAAGUCUAUUGAGGAAACAAAAAGUAUGACUUUAUUUGUAUGUAUCUGACUCUUCUGCUACGUGAUUGUACAUCAGUGUAGCUGGAAGGAUCAAAGAGGCCGGAGCGAUGUGGUGUUUUGUUCAAACUCUAACAUACUGCUGAUGUAACGCUGGUAUUUAGAAAAGUCAUUAUAUGUUAGAGGGUAGUUGGAUAGAUAUAUCUGUAAAAACAAAUGGUUCUAAAAUUGUUACUUGUAGAAAUGAAAAAUCUAAAGAUCUAAUAGUAAAAUGAGAUAAAAGGAAAUAUACUCUACUAAUAUAUAUAUAUAUAUAUAAGCUGAUGAAACUAAGACGUAGUCAGAUGAGCUCAGGGAAUGCAGUAUGGUAGCAAAUGUGUGGAAAAAUUCCUAUUAAUAUUAACCACAUGGAGGUUAAAGUCUGUGAUUGUAUAAAGGAGUUUUUAGUUUACAAAUCUGUUCACACAAUGAGCCAGUUAUUGGUAGGUUUUGUGCAAUAGUUUGGUUGGGAUGAAUGAGUGAAUCCAACCCUGAGUGUCAGGUACAGGCAGUUCCCUCUGGUCUUGGAUCAGAUAACGCUUUUUUUGUGGUCCCUCCCAACACUGUUGUACUCCUUUAUGCUUUCAUUUGAACCAUUUUGUAUGUCAUUUCUGCAUCAUACUGUGGCCUUGCAUUGCUUCAUUAGAAAAACGAUCCUCGUGGUGUCUUCUACAUUCUGUAGGAACAGUAGAUGUAAAUGUUUGUACAUUGUACAGCACCUUUCUAAAUACUUGCUGAGUGCUCUUUUGGGGAAGAAAAAAAAUAGAGGUCUAUUAAAUCGCUCUAUUAUUUUUUUAUGUAAAAAAAAAAGAGAGAGAGAGAAAAUAUUUAAACUGGAUAGGAAAAGGCAGGCUAUAACCUUGACAUGGUAUUCUGUUCAUGCACUGAAAAUAAAGUUUUGCUGAAAACAUUUCUCUGAUUUCUUGCGAUUAGACAAGGUACAUAUAAAAACUA